GGUUUCUUUGUAAUUGCUGCCAUGGGAAGAUACUUGACUAUGCUGUUGCUGCUGAUGCUGCUGGUGCAGCAUUUUGGAAACUGUGAAGGAAAUCAAAGGCCACAUCAUGUUCCACCAAUGCAUUUUACACAAGCACAGUAUAAUGCCACUGUGUAUGAGAAUUCUGCAGCCAAGACUUAUGUUGGGCAUCCAGUGAAAAUGGGCAUUUACAUUACAAAUCCAUUAUGGGACCUAAGAUACAAAAUUAUUUCUGGUGACAAUGAGAACUUGUUCAAAGCUGAAGAAUAUGUUCUUGGAAACUUUUGCUUUUUGAGAAUACGGACCAAGGGAGGAAACACAGCUAUCCUUAACAGAGAGGUGAAAGACCAUUAUAUGCUGACAGUUAAAGCAGUUGAAAAAAACACAAAUGCUGAAACGCGCACAAAGGUCCGGAUACAGGUACUGGAUACAAAUGACUUGCGGCCUUUGUUUUCUCCCACAUCUUACAGUGUGUCAUUGCCUGAAAACACAGCAAUAAGGACCAGCAUUGCAAGAGUCAGUGCAACAGAUGCAGAUAUAGGAACAAAUGGAGAGUUUUACUAUAGCUUUAAAGAAAGAACGGAUGUGUUUGCUAUACAUCCAACUAGUGGAGUGGUAGUUCUAACUGGUAGACUUGACUACUCGGACACUAAACGUUAUGACAUGGAAAUUCUUGCAGUGGACCGUGGGCUGAAGUUGUAUGGUAGCAGUGGCAUAAGCAGUAUGGCAAAACUAACUGUUCAUGUAGAGCAAGCAAACGAACAUGCCCCUGUUAUUACAGCUGUUACAUUGACUCCGUCAGAAUUGGACAAAGAUCCAACUUAUGCAACUGUAACUGUAGAAGACAACGAUCAGGGUUCAAAUGGGGAAAUAGCAUCAUUGAAUAUUGUUGCAGGUGAUCCGCUUCAGCAGUUCAAAACAGUGAGGUCUGUUCCAGGAGGUAAAGAAUACAGAAUAAAAGCCAUUGGUCAUGUUGACUGGGAGAGCCACCCUUUUGGAUACAACCUUACCCUUCAAGCUAAAGAUAAAGGAAAUCCCCCACAGUUUUCUUCUGUAAAAGUUGUUCAUGUGGCAUCACCACAAUUUAAGUCUGGUCCUGUCAGAUUUGAAAAAGAGAACCCAUAA